UGUAACAAAAAAAAAAAAAAAUUAUAGUUUUUAAUAUUAUAAUGAAUUUAAAAAUAUUAACAAUAAUUUUAACAAUAAUUUUAAUUACAAGUGAUACAUGUAUGGCAAGAAGAGGGCGUGGACGCGGUAGAACCAAAUCCAGAGUGCAAAUAGGUUUACCAAUAACAGGAAAAUAUAGAGAUCCUGAAUCAGAUCAAUAUUAUAACAAUAAUAAUGGAGCAAAAAUUUUACAAGCAUCACAUUUUGAUUUUGAAUAUGUUUUGGGACAUAAAAUAGCAUUUUUAUGUGUUGCAAAGGGUAAUCCAAGACCUCAUAUAACAUGGUAUAAGGAUGGUACAGAGAUUUUUCAACAUCUUUACAUGCACAUACACGAAUGGCGUAUAGGUGAAGAUAAAGUCAAAUCAAAAAUUGAAAUUGAUCCAGCAACACAAAUGGAUGCCGGAGUCUAUGAAUGUACGGCCGAUAAUAUGUAUUCGAUUGAUCGUCGCAGUUUUAAAACUGAUUUCUCUAUAGCUUUUGAUUAAACUAACCUUAAUAUAUUUGCUAUACGAUACACAAAAUUAAUUAUAAAAAAAAAAAAUAAUAAAUU